ACUUCCUCCUCUGUAGCCUCCCAGAUCAGUACACAAAGCCUGCCGCUGCCUCCGGAGGAAGGGCUGCUUUGCACGCACCUACAAUAAUGGCUUUGUCAAUGGUCCUUGUUUUCCUGCUGGCCCUGAGUGGAGGGGAGAGUGAGUUGGACCCCAAGAUCUCAUCCCCAGGGGAGGCCACAGAAUGGGGAGAUCCUGAUCUGCCCCUGCCAGAGUCCUGCCAGCCAGCCCCCUCCUGCCAGAAGUGCAUCCUCUCACACCCAACCUGUGCAUGGUGCAAGCAACUGAACUUCACCGCGGGGGGGGAGGCGGAGGCGCGGCGAUGCGCCCGGCGGGAGGAGCUGCUGGCUCGGGGCUGCCCACCGUGGGAGCUGGAGGAGCCCCGCGGCCGGCAGGAGGUGCUGCAGGACGAGCCGCUCAGCCAGGGCGCCCGCGGCGACGGGGCAACCCAGCUGGCGCCGCAGCGGGUCCGAGUCACGCUGCGGCCCGGGGAGCCCCAGCAGCUCCGGGUCCGCUUCCUCCGGGCCGAGGGAUACCCUGUGGACCUGUACUACCUUAUGGACCUGAGCUACUCCAUGAAGGACGACCUGGAGCGCGUGCGCCAGCUCGGGCACGCCCUGCUGGUGCGGCUGCAGGAGGUCACCCGUUCUGUGCGCAUCGGCUUUGGCUCCUUCGUGGACAAAACGGUGCUGCCCUUUGUGAGCACAGUGCCCUCCAAGCUUCGUCACCCCUGCCCCAGUCGGCUGGAGCGCUGCCAGCCGCCCUUCAGCUUUCACCACGUGCUGCCCCUGACGGGGGACGCUGAGGCCUUUGAGCGGGAGGUGGGGCGCCAGAGCGUGUCCGGCAACCUGGACUCGCCGGAAGGUGGCUUCGACGCCAUUCUGCAGGCUGCACUCUGCCAGGAGCAGAUUGGCUGGAGAAAUGUGUCCCGGCUGCUGGUGUUCACUUCCGAUGACACAUUCCACACAGCUGGAGAUGGGAAGUUGGGUGGCAUUUUCAUGCCCAGCGAUGGGCACUGCCACUUGGACAGCAAUGGCCUCUACAGUCGCAGCCCUGAGUUCGACUACCCCUCGGUGGGUCAGGUGGCUCAGGCCCUCUCUGCAGCAAACAUCCAGCCCAUCUUUGCUGUCACCAGCACCACACUGCCUGUCUACCAGGAGCUGAGUAAGCUGAUUCCUAAGUCCGCAGUGGGAGAGUUGAGCGAGGACUCCAGCAACGUGGUGCAGCUUAUCAUGGAGGCAUAUAAUAGCCUGUCAUCCACUGUGACCCUCGAACACUCUCCACUCCCUCCUGGGGUCCACAUCUCUUAUGAAUCUCAGUGUGGGGGUUCUGAGAAGAGGGAGGGUGAGGCUGGAGACCGGGGCCAAUGCAACAACGUCCGAAUCAACCAGACGGUGAAUUUUUUGGUUACUCUCCAAGCUACGCACUGCCUCCCAGAGCCCCAUCUUCUGAGGUUCCGGGCCCUUGGCUUCUCAGAGGAGCUGAUUGUGGAGCUGCACACGCUGUGUGAUUGUAACUGCAAUGACACACAGCUCCACGCUCCCCACUGCAGCGACGGCCAGGGGCAGCUACAAUGCGGGGUGUGCAGCUGUGCCCCUGGCCGCCUGGGUCGGCUCUGUGAGUGCUCUGAGGCUGAGCUGUCCUCCCCAGACCUGGAAUCUGGGUGCCGGGCCCCCAAUGGGACAGGGCCUCUGUGCAGUGGGAAGGGCCGGUGCCAGUGUGGACGCUGCAGCUGCAGUGGACGGAGCUCCGGGCGCCUGUGCGAGUGUGAUGACGCCAGCUGUGAGCGUCAUGAGGGCAUCCUCUGUGGAGGCUUUGGCCGCUGCCAAUGUGGAGUGUGCCACUGUCACGCCAACCGCACAGGCAGAGCGUGUGAAUGCAGUGGGGACACGGACAGCUGUGUCAGUCCCGAGGGAGGGCUCUGCAGUGGGCAUGGACACUGCAAAUGCAACCGCUGCCAGUGCUUGGACGGCUACUAUGGUGCCCUAUGUGACCAGUGCCCAGGCUGCAAGACACCAUGCGAGAGACACAGGGACUGUGCAGAGUGUGGGGCCUUUGGGACUGGUCUCCUGGCCACCAAUUGCAGCGUGGCUUGUGCCCAUGCCAACGUGACUCUGGCUUUGGCCCCUGUCCUGGAUGAUGGCUGGUGCAAAGAGAGGACCCUGGACAACCAGCUGUUCUUCUUCCUGGUGGAGGAUGAAGUCGGAGGCGGGGUCGUGCUGCGAGUAAGACCCCGAGAGAAGGGAGCAGAUCACACCCAGGCCAUUGUGCUGGGCUGCGUAGGGGGCAUCGUGGCGGUAGGACUGGCGCUGGUCCUGGCUUAUCGGCUCUCGGUGGAAAUCUAUGACCGCCGAGAAUACCGUCGCUUCGAGAAGGAGCGCCAGCAACUCAACUGGAAGCAGGACAACAAUCCUCUCUACAAAAGCGCCGUCACAACCACCGUCAACCCCCGCUUCCAGGCAGACAGUCCCGCUCUCUGAAGCGGAAGGGACGCUCACCCGGGCUCCGCUCGCGGGGGGAU